GACCACUGACUGAAAUAGCUGAGCUAUCAGAAGCCCUCCCCCCUGGUUCGCUCUCUGCCUCUUGGUUCUACUUUGUUUCUUUCCAGUUAAGUCAGUUUUCAUUCCCUGUAUAAACUGACUACUGAGAACUACUUUUGUUUCACCUACAGUUCUACCUCAUGACAGCAGAGCAACAUGGCUUUUUCAUCUCGCUUUUCCUUCUGGGAACAAAAGAUCAAAGAAGAGAACAAGGUGGGGAGCAAAAGUUUGGAAAAAGAUGGACUAGCAAGCCGAGCCCAGUCAGUUCCGGGUUUAGAUCCUGGCAGAGGGUUAUUUAGGGCAAAAAGUCCUUCACAACUUUCUCUGUCUGGAUCAACUGGUCCUGCCAGAGGAUCCUUCAAAAGCUCUGAACUACCACUGAAGAUGACAGCAGAUUUAAAAGAAAGAGACUCUUCAGAAGUUCAUGGGAAAGAAGCAGUUGGCUGUGAACAUGGAAUUAAUGGAGAUCUCAACAGUCUGACCAAUGGUACAGCAGAUCCUUUAGACUCCAAACCAAGCCAGAGGGAUGUUAUAGAUGACAAGAAGAUAACACGUAAAACAGAAGUGGGUAACCUUGUUAAAGACAAGGUCACACCAACAGAGGAUGGUAAGGCCAUGGUGCCAACCCAGAAUUUAGCCCAACUUCCAGAGGGAGCCAAGAUUACUUCUGAUCCCCCACGACCAGUUCCAAGACCAAGAGCAGCCCCAUUUCCAAAAGCUAAAACUGGGUCAGCAUUCUGUUUUAAACAUGACAUUAUCAAAACGGAAAACAAGGAGGACCUUUCACGAGGUCAGGCACUUUUUAUGGCUGGAGACAAAAGGAAAGAGCUGCAGCUACAAAUAAACAAAGACCACAAGCUACAAAUAGUGGAGAUGGAGAAACCACAUGAAGAGAAGAAGAGCAGUAAGCUAAAUGAAACAAAACGGCAGCGAACAGAAGUUACCUCCCCUCAGGUGGUGCAGAAUACAGAUGAUCUCACCAGUCUAAAGGAAGCUUCAUCAGCUCCUGAUGGCUCAGCUCAGACUUCGUCCAAAAUCACUUCUACAAGACUCUGUUCUCCCCCCCAUGCCGUGGGCUCUGUCCCACCUCCAAAGUUACCUCCUUCACAUCCGAGCGUCCCAUCCACCACCGCUUCUGCCACUCCUUGUAGUCCACCAGCCUGUAAAUCCUCACCCUCGCCUCCAAUAGAGUCUUGCCUCAGUGCAAAUACCUCUGUAGUUGUAAAUGGAAGGAAGGUUCCUGAUCCCAGCCCUGGUCCACCUGUCCCAUCAGGAAACAUCUCCAUUCAAAAAGCUGCUCUCAGUCAGGAGGAGGAAUCGGGGGAAGAGGAACUGUUUUCUCCUUUCCGGACGUCACAUGUUGCAGUGAAGACCGAGGAGCAGAUAACAGCGGAGCAGGCCUGGUAUGGCUCAGAGAAAGUCUGGCUUGUUCACAAAGACGGUUUCUCUCUUGCCACUGUGCUGAAGACAGAGUCUGGUUCACACCCAGAGGGAAAGGUGAAAAUCCAGCUGGAGCAUGAUGGAACGAUCCUGGACGUGGAUGAAGAUGAUAUUGAGAAGGCCAACCCUCCAACUUACGACCGUUCUGAGGACCUUGCUUCACUCGUCUACCUGAAUGAAUCCAGUGUGAUUCACUGCCUGAGGCAGCGCUAUGGAGGAAACCUCAUCCAUUCCUUUGCUGGCCCCAACAUGGUCGUUAUCAACCCGCUCAGCACACCUUCAAUGUAUUCUGAGAAGGUCAUGCACAUGUUUAAAGGCUGCAGACGGGAAGACACCGCCCCUCACAUCUACGCUGUGGCCCAGUCAGCCUACCGCAACCUGCUCACCACCCAGCAGGAUCAGUCCGUUGUGCUGCUUGGCAAGUCUGGUAGCGGUAAAACCACCAACUGUCAGCAUCUGGUCCAGUACCUCGUCUCUAUGGCUGGGAGCACGGGCAAGAUCUUCUCUGCGGAGAAAUGGCAGGCGGUCUACACAAUCCUGGAGGCCUUUGGUAACUGCUCCACCACCAUGAACUCCAACGCCAGUCGCUUCUCUCAUGUUGUGUCGCUGGACUUUGAUCAGGCUGGCCAGGUGGCUUCUGCUUCCAUUCAGACAAUGCUGCUAGACAAGCUGCGGGUGAGCAGAAGACCUGAAGAGGAAUCCACCUUCAAUGUCUUCUACUAUUUGAUGGCUGGUGCUGACAGCGCUCUGAGGACGGAGUUGCAUCUCAACCAGCUGAAUGAGAGCAGUGCGUUUGGAAUCCAGCCACUCUCCAAGACUGAAGACAAGCAGAGGGCGCUGCAACAGUUCACCAAGCUCCAGGCUGCAAUGAAGGUCCUGGGCAUCUCUGUGGAGGAACAGAAAGCUCUCUGGCUCAUUCUAGGAGCCAUUUAUCACUUAGGGGCCGCAGGAGCCACUAAAGACGGAGAUGAAGCUGGACGCAGGCAAUUCGCUCGCCAUGAAUGGGCCCAGAAGGCGUCCUAUCUACUGGGCUGCAACCUGGAUGAACUGUCCUCACUGAUCUUCAAGAACCAGGCCAGAGGAAUGCAGCCUUUGUUCAGGGGGGGUACAGAUGAUGCUGGCCAAGGUGAUGGCUUAGGAUCUAAAUUCACGGCUCUGGAGUGUUUGGAGUCGAUGGCAUCAGGACUGUACUCCGAGGUCUUCACUGUGCUCAUCUCUCUCAUUAACAGGGCUCUGAAAUCCAGCCAGCAUUCUCUCUGCUCCAUCCUGAUUGUGGACACGCCAGGUUUCCAGAACCCUCGUCUGGCUCAGCAGCAAAGAGGAGCCACAUUUGAGGAGCUUUGCCAUAACUACACACAGGAGAGGCUGCAGACCCUGUUUCACGAACGCACCUUUGUCCAGGAGCUGGAUCGAUAUAAGGAGGAAAACAUAGAGCUUGUCUUAGAUGACGUAGAGUCCAGUCCCUCCCUGUCCAUAGCAGCCAUUGAUCAAGCUCCAUCUCAGGCUCUGGUCCGUACUCUUGCACGGAUGGAAGAGGCUCGAGGUCUUUUGUGGCUGAUGGAGGAGGAGGGAGUUAAGCCUGGAGGUUCAGAGGAACUGAUGUUGGAGAGACUCUUCAGCUACUACAGUGCUGGUCUGGGAGAAAACAAAGGAGCCAAUCUGUUGCUGCGAGGGGAGAAGUCCCACCUCUUCCUUCUGGGCCACAGCCAUGGAACGGACUGGGUGGAGUACAACAUCCAGGGCUGGCUGGGACAUGCAAAGAACAACCCUGCAGCCCAGAGCGCUGCCACUCUGCUGCAGGACUCUCAGAAGAAGAACAUAAGUGGUCUGUUCCUUGGCCGGUCCAGUGGCGCCACUGUGUUGUCAGGCUCCAUUGCUGGUCUGGAGGGAAGCUCCCAGCUUGCCCUGCGUCGAGCCACAAGCAUGAGGAAGACGUUCACCACAGGUGUUGCUGCUGUCAAGAAAAAGAGUCACUGCAUCCAGGUCAAACUCCAAGUGGAUGCUUUGAUUGACAUGGUGCGUCGUUCCAAGGUUCACUUUGUUCAUUGCCUGCUGCCUAAAGCAGAGGCGGUGGGGGGAAGUGAACCCCGUGUGCCGCAUGGAGAGAGCUCUGACUCCGGUCUGAUGACUUUAGAUGUGGGCCUCCUGAGAGCUCAGCUCCGAGGAUCUAAGCUGUUAGAGGCUCUACGCAUCUAUAGGCAAGGCUACCCAGAGCAUAUGGUGUUCUCAGAGUUCCGCAGACGCUUUGAUGUCCUCGCACCACAACCAACCAAAAAACAUGGCCGCAACCACAUCGUCCCAGACGAGAAAAGAGCAGUGGAAGAGUUGCUGGAAUCCCUGGAGUUGGAGAAGAGCAGCUUCCACAUGGGGCUGAGCAAGGUCUUUUUCCGAGCGGGGACUCUGUCCCGUCUGGAGGAGCAGCGCGAUGUCCAGACCAGGAAUAACAUCUCGCUGUUCCAGGCUGCCUGCAGAGGCUAUCUGGCCAGACAAGCAUUCAAAAAGAGGAAGAUCCAAAAUCUCGCCAUCCGCUGCAUCCAGAAGAACAUCAAAAAGAACCGCGGCGUGAAGGACUGGCCAUGGUGGAAGCUCUUCACCACCGUUAGACCUUUGAUAGAAGUGCAGCUCACUGAGGAGCAGAUCCGCGGGAAGGAUGAGGAGAUCCAGCAGCUGAAACAGAGGCUAGAAAAGGUGGAAAAGGAGAGGAACGAACUGCGGCUCAACAGUGACCGGCUGGAGAGCAGGGUCACAGAGCUGUCCACAGAGCUGACUGAUGAGAGGAAUACGGGUGAGUCUGCUUCCCAGCUGCUGGAGGCCGAGACCUCUGAAAGGCUGCGUCUGGAAAAGGACAUGAAAGACCUGCAGACCAAGUUUGACGGCAUGAAGAAGCAGAUGGAGUCCAUGGAGAUGGAGGUCAUGGAGGCCCGGCUCAUCAGGGCUUCCGAGCUGAAUGGAGAGUUGGAUGAUGAUGACACAGGAGGAGAGUGGCGGCUGAAGUAUGAGCGAGCCAUCAGGGAGAUCGAGUUCACCAAGAAGCGACUGCAGCAAGAGUUUGAUGACAAGCUGGAGGUUGAACAACAGAACAAGCGGCAGCUGGAGAGGCGGAUCAGUGACCUGCAGGCUGACAUUGAGGAGUCUCAGCGAAAUAUUCAGCAGUUGAAGAAGAAGAAUCAGCGGCUGAUAGCUGAGCUGCAGGACACCAAGCUUCACCUGGAGGGCCAACAGAGCCGGAACCAUGACCUGGAGAAAAAGCAGAGAAAGUUUGACAGUGAGCUGAGUGCAGCUCAAGAUGAGGCACAGAGGGAGAGGAGCCUGAGGGAGAAGCUAGCUCGGGAGAAGGACAUGCAGAGUGGAGAUUGCUUCAGCCUCAGACAGCAGCUGGAGGAUAAGGACCUUGAAUUGCGCACCGUCCAAUUAAAGCUCGACCAGUUUGAAGCAGAGCUGCAGGAUCUGAACUCCCAGGAAUCCAAGGAUGAAGCAUCUCUAGCUAAGAUGAAAAAGCAGCUUCGUGACAUGGAAGCAAAGAUCAAAGACCAGGAGGAAGAGCUGGAUGAGCAAGCCGGGACCAUCCAGAUGUUGGAGCAGGCUAAACUACGGCUGGAGAUGGAGAUGGAACGUUUGCGUCAUACUCAUUUUAAGGAGAUCGAAAGCAAAGACGACGAGGUGGAGGAGAUCAGACAGUCUUACAGUAAAAAGCUGAAGCAAAUGGAGGUCCAGCUUGAAGAGGAGUACGAUGAAAAGCAGAAGGUGCUGAAGGAGAAGAGAGAGCUGGAGGCAAAGCUCCUUUCUGCACAAAGCAAGGUGACCCAUUGUGAUGUAGAGACUGAGAAGCGCCUGAAGAAGGACUUAAAGAGGACCAAGGCACUACUGGCUGAUGCCCAGAUCAUGUUGGACCACAUAAAGAACAAUGCGCCCAGUAAGAGAGAGAUCGCCCAGCUGAAAAAUCAGCUGGAAGAGUCAGAGUUCACCUGUGCAGCUGCAGUAAAAGCUCGUAAAUCCAUGGAGGUGGAGAUUGAAGACCUACAUGUCCAGAUGGAGGAUAUCUCUAAAGCCAAACAAAUGCUGGAGGAGCAGCUGAGCCGUCUUCAGAGAGAGAAGAACGACCUGCAGUCCAGGAUGGAGGAGGACCAGGAGGACCUGAAUGAACUGAUGAAAAAGCACAAGUCUGCUGUUGCCCAGUUGGCUCAGAACUUGGCUCAGAUCAACGAUCUUCAGACUCAGCUGGAGGAGGCCCUCAGGGAGAAACAGGAGGUUCAGGAAAAGAUGCAGGUCCUCCAGAGCCAGCUGGAGUUCCAGGAACAGUCCACGGUUGAGAAGUCCCUCGCCAAUCGACAGGAAGCCAAGAUCCGGGAGCUGGAGACCAAAAUGGAGUUUGAAAAGACGCAGGUCAAACGGCUAGAGAACCUUGUAGCUCGUUUAAAGGAGAAUGUGGAGAAGCUGACGGAGGAAAGAGAUCAGCGCAUCACCAGCGAGAAUCGCGAGAAGGAGCAAAAUAAACGUUUGCAAAGACAGAUCCGAGACAUCAAAGAGGAGAUGGGCGAACUUGCUAAGAAGGAAGCAGAAGCGAGUCACAAAAAACAUGAACUGGAGAUGGAUAUUGAGAGUCUAGAGGCUGCGAAUCAGAGCCUCCAGGCAGACCUGAAGCUGGCCUUCAAAAGGAUCGGUGACCUGCAGGCUGCCAUCGAGGACGACAUGGAGAGCGAUGAGAACGAAGACAUUAUGAACAGUUUGCAGGACAUGGUGGCAAAGUACCAGAGAAGAAGAAACCGAACUCAGGGCCAGUCGGAUACAGACUCUGAGCUGGAGGAUCGGGUGGACGGAGUGAAGUCCUGGUUGUCCAAAAAUGACAGCUCUGCCAAGAACCUGUCAGAUGACGGCAGCCUGAAGGGCCGCAGAUAUGCUGUUAAAACAGACAUAAAGGAGGUCAAAGAGGCACAGAAAGAGCACAGAGAGGGAAAGACAAACAAGCCAGUUACUGUUUUGGGCUCUCUGAGUUACAGAAAACAAUCAAACCUAGAUUUCAUUGAAGGCCAAAGCGAGAAGAAAGCAGAGCCAGAUGACGUCCUAAGUUUCAAGAGGAGCAGAUCCAGAACUGAUCUGCUAAAGCAGAGAGGUCACCUUGACCCCGACCCAGUCCGUCCUCCUUCCCUACACGACCAAAGUGACGGUCAGUCAGUCAUUUCCGUCCAUUCAGUGGCCAGCAGCAUCAGGAGAGACAGUCGGAGGGGUCAGCUUGAUCCAGAAGCAUCUAGCUGGCUGGCUAAGCCAGGCUGGUCCUCCACACUUCCUGAGAUGAACCUGGGGCAGAAGGUCCGUCCUGGCAGCAGGAUGGAUGGAAUCAGCAGCAGUGUGUCACUGAGAGGCAGCCCUCCCAGUAGCCUGAGCUUUAGUAAGAGAUCAAGGAGUCAAAGUCCGGGAAGUGCUGUCCAACCCAAUUCCCGGGUAUCGCUGGUUGGCAGCUGUUGCCUUGGGGAUGGUGGCGUUGAUCUGGAUGACAGAGGAAGGGUGUCCCUAACUGAGGGGUCCACAUACAGCCCCCUCUCUUUCAUUGGUCGCAGUUGCUCUAUGCCACCACCACGAGACAGGUCCGCUUCUGCCAAUCAGCCACUCGAUAGCUCAGAGAUCAGGCCCGUCCGUCAUCAGAACUACCUAGACCCUGAUUUGGAGAAAGCCAUCAAUGAAGUUUUGAGUUUUAAACCAAUAAAAGUCAAGCGGAGGAGCUUGGAAGACUCUGAAGAUGAAACAAGAUCCAGGAGUAAAGAUCAGGGUCAAAGUAGUAAGAACGGAGAGAGGAUGUAUCCCAGCAGCAAUCUUGGACGUUCUGAGUCUGCCAUGGACUUCAUGAGACCGUCCCGCAGUGCCAGCAGCCGCAGCAAUCACCGUGACAGCAGGAGGAAAAGAAAGGGCAAGAAAAAGAGGAGAAGCCGAAGCUUUGAUUCUCACAGCUCUGGAGACGAUCCUGUUCCAAGGAGCAGCUCGAGAAGAAGGUCCAGAAACUCCUCUAAAUAUGCCUCAUCCUCCACAUCAUCCGAAUCCGAUUCAGAGUCUAGCUCCUCCUCCAGCUCUGAUGCAUCCACCAUCUCCUACCGGAGUUGCAGUGGUGUGAAAAAAGCCCUGGAUAAAUCUGCUCUCAGUCCAGACGAGGACAAGGAGACCCGGAGAGGGAGCGAGAAAAGGAGGAAGAAGAAGGUGGACAGCCUGAUGAUGAAGUACUUGUACCAGAAUGAGAGCGACUGAGGCAGACACUCCCCCAGCCGAUGGCGCUCCCGCACUGACAGAUCUGAUGAAGAGGAAGAUGCUCCAGGGACCCCGGGCUUAUCCAAGUACAGAUACAGCAGUCAUUUGAAAGAUGAUGGCGAGGAGGAGGAGUCGUAGUCCUCGCUGC